GGGAUCCGUGACAUAAACAAAUAGGAAUGCCCCUCUGUGUGUGAAUUUGUAACUCAUAGUCUGCCAUGAAAGACCAUAACCACGCCCACAGCUGAGUCUACAUCCUGCCCAUAUUCCACAGGUAAAGAAAACGCCCUCUGCUUCAUGUCUGAGCACCGUGUUAUGGGAAAAGGCACUCCCACUGCCCACGAUCCUUUGCAAUCCGGCAUCCAGAAGGAAGAUAGGGUGCAUCAUGGAGGUGAUAUUGUCCAGAACGCCCGGCACACUGCUCUGGUUAUGUGGUCCAGGGAGAGUUUGGAGGGGUGUAUUCUUUAUACCUGGCCCAGGCUGAGCGGGUCGUGUCUUUCCCCCCAGAUGCAGUCAUCGCUGGAAAACAAACGAGGUGCCGACAUGGCCUCAGUCGUAGCGAAACGAGAAGGACCACAGUUCAUCAGUGAGGUUGCUGUGAGAGGCAACGCCGCAGUGCUGGACUACUGCCGGACGUCGGUGUCAGCUCUGUCGGGGGCGACAGCGGGCAUCCUUGGGCUCACAGGACUGUACGGAUUUAUCUUCUAUUUCCUCGCCUCGUUCCUCCUCUCCCUUCUUCUCAUCAUCAAGGCCAGUCGCAGGUGGAACAAGUGCUUCAAGUCUCGGCGGAUGCUCUUUACAGGAGGGCUUGUUGGAGGUCUUUUUACCUACGUCCUGUUCUGGACUUUCCUCUACGGAAUGGUGCAUGUGUACUAAUAAAAUUGACCAGAAUGUUGAGCAAGUUUUAAACCUAAUGUCAUGUAAAUCCAAUUAUGAUUGUCUAACUGCCCGCAAAACUUUGUAGAUAUAGGCGAUUGAUUGAAUACUUUGCUAGAUUAACUGUUUAUUAUACAGCUACGUGAAGUAUGUCUGUCAGCAACUCUAUUUAUAAAUAAACUAAAACAUGUCCUG